AAUCAGUGGUCAGGGCAGGAAGCCUCCAUUUGGGGGAGACAAGAGGGGAUUUUGGUUUACAAUUUGUAGAGACAGUGAGGAAAAUGGUCCCGAGGAGAUGGAAGAAAUGAUAUUUGCUUUGCCGGCAGCAUCUGAUGUUUUUGACAGCUUCAGACCUGAGGAAAUGAGUCGCACCUCUAGGAGUGAGACUGCAGUGUACAUUCUUUCAAAGAGGGUCUCUGGGUCCUAACUAGAAGGAAAGGGCGUGAAGGCGGAGCUUGCUGGAGAAGCCGCGCCACCCAGAAGUUUCAGUGAGAGUUUCCUAAACUUCUAGCUCUCACUAGCAUACGUACGACCCUAGGGAGGUGUCAUGGGGAGGGUGAUCGCCCAUUCAAUGGAAUGCAAAUGUCCCUUUAAGGUUUGCCUCUUUCUCGGUGGACUUUAGCCUAAACACGGACUGGAAGCUUGCUUUAUUUGUACAUGAGCACAGACUCUGGGAAUCAGCCAGUUGCAAUUUCAAAGACCAAGUACGAAAAGGGAGGGGCGAUGUGGCAAUUCAUCUUGGAUGUGAAAAGCGUGGAGAGGACUUAGAGGCUUUUGCCGAAAACACAGGAAAUCACCCUGCCACUGCUGCUGCUGCUGGGACUGCUGCUGCCGCGGCUGCAGCUUAGACAGCUAGCGGAGUAGUCCAGAGGCAGCGCGGCGGACUCUGUUGGUUCAGGGCAGCCAGCAGCGCGUCCCAGCUGAGACACCGAGCCCUAGGGAUCCUGCCGUGCCUCUCCUGCCCGUGCCAGCCUGGCCAUGGCCCGCCAGCGCCGCACCAGCCCAGGUGUCGCUGUCGCAUGCUGGCUACUCACCGUGGUCUUGGGCUUCUGUGUAUCCUUUAACGUGGAUGUGAAAAAUGCAAUGACCUUCAGUGGCCCAGUGGAGGACAUGUUUGGAUACACAGUUCAACAAUACGAAAAUGAGGAAGGCAAAUGGGUGCUCAUUGGUUCUCCUUUAGUUGGCCAACCCAAGAACAGAACUGGAGAUGUUUAUAAGUGUCCCGUAGGGCGAGGAGAAUCAUUGCCAUGCAUAAAAUUAGACCUCCCAGUUUACACGUCAAUUCCAAAUGUCACAGAAGUAAAGGAGAACAUGACGUUUGGAUCUACUCUAGUCACUAACCCAAAAGGCGGGUUUCUGGCUUGUGGGCCUUUGUAUGCUUACAGAUGUGGACACACAUAUUAUACAACUGGCAUUUGUUCGGACGUCGAUUCCAAAUUUCAGGUUGUGAACUCCAUUGCCCCAUCUGUUCAAGGAUGCAACACCCAACUGGACAUUGUCAUCGUGCUGGAUGGUUCUAACAGUAUUUACCCCUGGACAAGUGUUACAGAUUUUUUAAAUAGUUUACUUGGGAAAAUGGACAUUGGUCCCAAGCAGACGCAGGUUGGAAUUGUACAAUAUGGAGAAAAUGUAACCCAUGAAUUUAAUCUCAAUAAGUACACAACAACAGAAGAAGUGCUCAUUGCAGCAAACCAAAUAGUCCAGAGACAAGGGCGCCAAACAAUGACAGCUCUGGGAAUAGAUACAGCAAGAAAAGAGGCCUUCACUAAAGCCAGGGGUGCCCGAAGUGGAGUUAAGAAAGUAAUGGUGAUUGUGACUGAUGGAGAAUCCCACGACAACCAUCGGCUGAAUGAAGUCAUCCAGGACUGUGAAGAUGAAGAUAUUCAGAGAUUCUCCAUAGCUAUUCUGGGUCAUUACAACCGAGGGAACUUGAGCACUGAGAAAUUUGUGGAAGAAAUAAAAUCGAUUGCCAGUGAGCCUACCGAAAAGCAUUUCUUCAAUGUGUCGGAUGAAUUGGCACUCGUCACUAUUGCCGAAGUCCUGGGAGAAAGAAUAUUUGCCUUGGAAGCCACAACUGACUUGUCAGCAGCGUCGUUUGAGAUGGAAAUGUCCCAGACUGGAUUUAGUGCUCAUUAUUCACAGGACUGGGUUAUGCUUGGAGCCGUUGGAGCUUAUGACUGGAAUGGAACAGUUGUCAUGCAGAAAGAUAACCAAAUUAUAACCCCACAAAAUAAUUCCUUUAAUGUUGAAUCUACAAAGAAAAAUGAACCACUUGCUUCCUAUUUAGGUUAUAUGGUCAACUCCGCCACUAUUCCUGGAGAUGUAAUCUACAUUGCUGGGCAGCCACGCUAUAACCACACAGGACAAGUCAUUACCUAUACAAUGGAAGGUCAAGAAAUCAAGAUUAUUCAAACUCUCAAUGGAGAACAAAUUGGUUCCUACUUCGGCAGUGUUUUAACAACAAUUGACAUUGAUAAGGACUCCUUCACUGACCUGCUUCUAGUUGGUGCUCCCAUGUAUAUGGGAACAGAGAAAGAAGAGCAAGGAAAAGUUUAUGUGUAUGCAUUGAAUCAGACAAGGUUUGAAUAUCAGAUGAGCCUGGAACCCAUUAAGCAAACUUGCUGUUCGUCCCUGAAGCAUGAUUCCUGCAAGAAGAAAAACAAAAAUGAGCCUUGUGGGGCUCGUUUUGGAACAGCUAUCGCUUCUGUGAAGGACCUCAACCUUGACGGAUUUAAUGAUGUAGUGAUUGGUGCUCCCUUAGAGGAUGAUCAUGGAGGGGCUGUGUACAUUUAUCACGGAAGUGGCAAGACCAUAAGGAAAGAAUAUGCACAACGGAUUCCAUCAGGUGGAGAUGGAGAGACACUGAAAUUUUUUGGCCAGUCUAUACAUGGAGAAAUGGAUUUGAAUGGAGAUGGACUAACUGACGUGACCAUCGGAGGCCUUGGUGGUGCUGCCCUCUUCUGGUCUCGAGAUGUGGCUGAAGUUAAAGUUACCAUGGCUUUUGCACCCAAUAAAGUGAAUAUUCAAAAGAAAAACUGCAAGAUGGAGGGGAAGGAAACAGUAUGCAUAAAUGCUACCAUGUGUUUUAAUGUGAAACUCAAGUCAAAGGAAGACACAAUUUAUGAAGCUGAUCUGCAAUAUCGAGUGACAUUAGACUCUGUAAGACAGAUAUCAAGAAGUUUCUUCUCUGGAACGCAAGAAAGAAAGAUUCAAAGAAAUAUCACAGUCCGUGGAUCAGAAUGUAUUAAGCAUUACUUCUACAUGUUGGACAAGCAUGACUUUCGGGAUUCAGUGAAAGUAUCGUUGGAUUUUAAUCUUUCAGAUCCAGAAAAUGGGCCUGUUCUUGAUGGUGACCUGCCUAACUCAGUAUAUGAAUAUAUUCCCUUUGCCAAAGAUUGUGGAAACAAGGAAAAAUGCAUCUCAGAUUUGGCCCUGGCUGUUUCCACCUCAGGAAAAGACUUACUCAUUGUUAAGUCCCACAGCGAUAAGUUCAAUGUGAGCUUGACCAUCAUGAAUAAAAAGGACAGUGCCUACAACACCAGGGCCAUCGUCCAGGCCUCACCAAAUGUCAUCUUUUCAGGAAUUGAGGGAAUUCAAAAAGACAGCUGUGAAUCCAAUCAGAAUAUCACAUGUAAAGUUGGCUAUCCUUUCCUGAAAGGGGGAGAAGAGAUAUCUUUCAAAAUACUAUUUCAGUUCAAUACAUCCUAUCUUACGGACAAUGUGACUAUUCACAUAAGUGUAACAAGUGACAGUGAAGAACCUCUAGAGGCGCUUUUUGACAACGAAGUAGAUAUUUCCAUUCCAGUAAAAUAUGAAGCCGAACUUCAGUUUUCCAGUUCUGCAAGUGAAUAUCAUAUUUCAAUUGCGGCCAAUGAUACCGUCCCUGACGUUAUUAACUCAACCAGUGACAUUGGAAAUGAAAUCAACGUUUUCUACUCGAUCCAAAAAAGUGGCCAUAUUCCUAUACCAGAACUUUCCCUGAAAAUUUCAUUCCCUAACUUAACAUCAAAUGAAUAUCCUGUACUCUACCUAACUGGAUGGUCAUCUUCUGAUAAUGUAAACUGCAGACCAAGGAGCCUUCAAGAUCCCUUCAAUAUCAACUUUGGAAAGAAAAUGAUACCAAAAUCUGGAGAACUCAAGAGAGGCACCAUUUUGGACUGUGAUACCUGCAAAUAUGCAACUAUUAAGUGUAAUGUGAUUCCUUCUGAUAAAAGUCAAGUAAAUGUCACCUUCAUCUUGUGGAAGUCAACAUUCAUAAAAGCAAGUUUUUCCAGUUUAAAUCUCACUAUAAAGGCAGAACUUCAAAGUGAAAACUCAUCCCUGGUGUUAAGUAGUGGUAAUCAGAAAAGAGAGCUGGCCAUUCAGAUAUCAAAAGAUCUUGUACCAGGCAGAGUACCAUUAUGGGUGAUCCUUUUGAGUGCUUUUGCUGGAUUCUUGCUUUUGAUGCUUCUUAUAUUAGCACUAUGGAAGAUUGGAUUCUUCAAAAGGCCACUAAAAAAGAAGAUGGAGAAAUGAAAUUCCAGACAAGAGAGAAAAACAGCAACUGUUCAAUGAUCUGUCCUCCAGUUUGCUUCAAAUUUGUGACCAAAAAAGUUUAACUGUAAUUAUCGCCUACAUGGUCACAUACUUUUGUUCCAUCGAGGAAUUAGUCACCCAGGAAAAAAGAAAACAGAUCAAGAAUGAUCCCAAAAGACAACCACAAAUUUAUAUUUGUAAAAUAUCGGGAAAUAUUUAAAAAUAAUUACUCAUUUUUGCUGAGUAAUUGAAUUUAAGAUUACAAAGUGUUUUGAAUAGGAAGCACAACCUAUUCAAAUAUGCUUAUAUAUUGAAUUACUAUUUUAAGUUUUCCGGAAUGAAGAAAAAGAUGUCAGGUUCAUGGAAAACAUUUUUUCCUCCAGAAAAAUACAAGUUAGACUUUCUUUCUCUGACCCCAGUGAAAAUCUAGAUUUUCAGACUUUGAAAAUGCAUGUACAUGCCAGGAAAGGACUCGCUUGCUAGGGUCAUUUCCCAUCAUGCCCAACUGAGCUCAAGGGAGAGAAUGUUCUGUAACGUGGACUCAUGAUACAAAGGAGGAAAAAAAAAUAGAAUGAAGCAGGGUCAUAGAGCAGGUAGCCUUUGGUUCAAUUUCUGUACAUGGAAAAAUCCAUUUCCCAGGGUGUUUAGAAAGCAAGGUCUAUCCAGCUGAAAGUUGAGAAUGAAGAUAAAAGCACUACUGCUUAGCAAACAAGCACACUGAAUGGCUGGCUUUAUCAGCUUUUACAAAGCAUGUGAAACUUGGAUGUUUGAGCUUUAAGAAUCAAUGUAAAACUUCAUGGUAGCGAACAAAGCAUUUAAAACCAUUUUAAUUUUAUGUGUACCUUUGAAAAUGUAAUGUGAUUUAUCCCCAAAGAAUGUAGUGUGAAGGAUCUGCUGAAACGAGUUCUGAAAAUGGAAUGUGGUUGGCAAAGUACUAUGAAUCAGCUUUGAGUUUUGUUGUUGUUCAGUUGUAUCUGACUCUUCAUGACCCCAUUUGGAAUUUUCUUCACAAAGAUAUUGGAGUGCUUUGCCAUGCCCUUUUCCAGCUCAUUUUACAGAGGAGAAAACUGAGGCAAACAGUUAAGUGACUUGUCCAGGGUCACACAGCUGAUAAAAGUGUCUGAGCUCAGAUUUGAACUCAAGAAGAUAAGCCUUCCUGACUCCAGACCCAGUGCGCUCUCUUAUUCACUUAUACCACCUAGCUACCCCAUUUGAAUUUUGAGGGACACCCUUUUCCUAAGGUAACCCAAAGAAGGAAUUCUCUUAGGUCCUUGGUACAGGUUUGGUCGAAACCAAAAACUAUGGCAGGGUUUUUAUUUUAUUUAAUUUUAUUUGGUUUUAUUUUUUUAUUAUUUUGUUUGGUUUUCAAACACAUUUCUUAGAUGCUGUAAAAGAUAAAAGUCCAUUUAAAAAUCAAAUUUCACCAAAAAUAAGAAUUUUUAGGACAUGAGUUUUAUAUAUACAUACAUAUAUAUAUAUAUAUAUCAAAUAAAUAGAUCACUAGAAAUAUAGUUAAAACAUUUUGAAAGCUAGCAACAAGAAAUCACUAAUCCAAUCUUUAUCUUCUGUUAUUUGGAAGUCAUUUUCCUAAGGCUGACCAGAACAGCAACUGCCAUGAACUAUGACAGUUCCAUUCAUUUCCCGUGAUAGUAACACCAAAUGAAUAAAUGUACGGUAGUUAUAUCAGUUAAUAGACAUUUAGUAAGCACCUACUAUGUGUCAGACACUGUAAUAAGACUAAGAAUACAAAGACAGAAGACAGCCUUAGCUAUCAAGGAGCUAACAGUCUAAUGGGGGAAGCAUGCAAACAACAAUGCACAUAAAAGAUACAUGUAGGACAGAGUAGAGAUAAUCAGUAGAGGGAAGGCACUAAUACUAAGAAGGAUCAUGGGAGGCUUUUAGCAAAAAGGGGAAUUUUAGCUGGAACUGGAAGGAAGCUAGGAGGUAGAGAUGAGAAGGGUGCAUAUUCCAAGCAAAGGAAAAUGUCCAGAGUCUAGAGAUGGAAUGUCUUGUGUGAGGGCACAGCAAAGGAGGCUGUUGUCAUUAGACCACCGUGUAUGUAGAAAGGAGGGAGGACUAGAGUGUAAAAAGACUGGAAAGGUAGUACGAGGCCAGGUGACGGAGCUCUUUAAAUGCCUAAGAUGAUUUUAUAUUUGCUUCUAGAGAUGAGAGCGCUGGUAUUUAUUGGCGUCUAGAGAGGAGAACUGGUCAAAGCUCCCUGUAUAUGUGAAUUACUAAAGUAUAUUCAGAUUUUUAAAUAGCUCUCCAGUUGUUAUAUCCCAUACAAUAGGAUUUGUGGUAGUAAAAACUCAAUCGUCUAGAACCUAGUACCUAAACAGGAGUUUCACUUAAACAGAAUUUUUCUAUGGUCAUUAUUUAGAGAACAAUAAAGCAAAUAAGAAAAUAAGCCAAUUGCAGAUAUUUUUUCAACAUUUCAACUUUAAGAGGUUCAAAUUCAAAGGCCUCGGUUUCCUACCUUUCCCAAAAUCUAUACUUUUAUAAAUGGUAAGAUAAAUCAUUCCCUGCCAUCUUUCUGUACCACUUGUACCCUUAUUGACACUUUUUCAUUGUUACUGCCCCUACACAUAGUCCCUUCAUGGUACUUGCUAAUUGGUCCCAAACUUCUACCUUGUCAAUCCCUUCAUGGGCCAUCCGCCUACUCCAAAAUUACCACUUCUUUUUUGUUGCUUGCUUAUCAAAACUCAUAGUACCGCAGAGUUCUGAUCCCAGCUACUUUCAAAACAGAAAUCAAACUGAUUAGAUUAGCAAACCUCUCAUUCUCAGUUUUUUCUAUUGUAAAAUGAGGUAGUUGGACUAGUAGACUUCUAAAACCCCUGUCUAGCUCUAUAUCCAUGAGCUUAAUUCACACCAAAGUUUCAACUUUCCCAUAGGGUAUUUGUGUUUUAAAAGAGAUAGCUUACUUAUCCAGAGGAAGGAAUUUUCAAUGGUAGAAUCUCAGAUAAUAUAAAAAAUAGUAAAAGAAUGAUUUAGGAUCUAGGUAACUUCCCCUAAAGUCACCCAAAGCAUGUGAUUAACUGUUAUUUCUAUCCAGAAGUCCAACUCUAUUUUUGACCAAAGGAGUGGAAACAAAAAGUAAUAUCUAUAUAUUAAUAAGAAUUUCCAUUUUCCCGACAUGUUACUUCAUUAAAACUUUAUUACAUAUGGGCUAGUGCUAGAGCCAUGUUGGUGAACCUAUGGCACAUGUGCCAGAGGGGGUUGUUCCCUUGCCCCCUCCACCAUGCCUGAGGACAGUUCUCGUUUCACUCAACCCUCUGCCCAGCAGCCCAACAGGAUAACUUCCUCCCUUCUCUGUCUGGAGUAAAGUGGGGGCUCACAUGCAGUGUGAGGGGUGCCAUUUGGGCACUCAGUCUCUAAAAGGUUUGCCAUCACUGUGCUAGAAACUAGUCCUGUUAUUUCAAUGAUAGGGAGAAUUCUGAAGUUAGGAAAUUUCCUCUUAAUAGUACAAGGCAGCAGGCAGAACCUUUUCUGCAACUUGGAAUGAGAGAGCUGCUUAGAGAAUCAAGAGUUGAAGUAUCUUGUCCAAUACAUGUGUGGGUGUAUUCAGAGGUAAGAUAUCUACCCAGGCUUCAUUGGACCAUAUGUACUUAUAAAUAUAUAUGCACACACGGAUCCACUAUUAAAACAAAUAAAUCAAUUAUCAAUCAACCAUAAAGUUUUCAUAUUUAAAUACAGAAAAGGAAAAAAGGGAAAAGGUUUUCUUUGAUCACUUUGCAUAUAGUAUCAAACUUCAUUAGUCUUGUGAGUCACCUGACAAUAUGACAGUUACCUAAAAAUAUUAAUUCAUUUAUUACACUUUAAAGUAGUUAUUGUUAAAAAUUAAGUGACAGAGAAACAGCAAAAGUAGAUGUCUGUUUAGUCAUGCAUUAUGUGUAUAGAUAUAUAUGCAUGUAUAUAUACACAUACACAUGUGUGUAUAUAUUAUAUAUUCAUGUGUGCAUAUAUAUUUAUAAAUACAUUAAUUUAGCCAGAGAAAUAGACAGAUUAAAAUUUGUAUUAACAGAUUGGCUAGUAGAAUAUUUUAUUUUAAAAUGUUCCUAGUGUUUUCACUUAAUUGAUUGCUUUGGCUCAAUAUGUAAUUUGGUUUUCAGACUUUCCUUGUACCCUAAAUUUUAAAGACACAAGAUUUAAUUGUAUUGAACAAUAUUGAUUAUAUUGUGUAUGAGAGACCCAUUGCCAGAAUGAAGAGGUCAAGUUCCAUAGCCCCCAGGCUAUAUGACCAUAACGCUGUAUUAAUACAAUUUCUGCACUUCACAAGCCAAAAUAAGAGGCUGAGAAUAUAUCUGUGCAAUGUGGCAUAGUUUUCUAGAAUCGACAUGACUUCAGAGCCAUAACUAGGCAUUUGUGUGUCUGCACAAGUGGCAUCAAAUAUAGAUGAUAAGAAAUGCAAGCAUUCUUAGGAAAGCAGAAACCAGGGAUGAGAGGAGCUCACAUGGGGGAGAAAAAUAUUGCCAUGAAAAAAGAAUAUAUAAGGUUCUUACUGUAUAUUAAGCAUUGGAGAUAUAAAUCAAAAAGCAAAAUUUCCCUUCAUCUCAGGCAACUCAUGUUCUAAUAGGGGGAGGGAACAUUUUCAGGAAGUUUCAGCUAUAAGUCAGAUGACUUAUCUGACUAAUUAUUUUGUUAACUAGGUGCUAUGCUCAUUUUUUUUCUCUAGCUACUGAUGGACUACUACAAGGGUCCUCAGUUCCUACAAAAACUUUUUAUGUGUAGGGACAAAAAUCAGUCUCUUUACCCCAACUCUGGUUCUAAUUGCUAACAAGAAGAAAAACCAUUUGCAUGCCAUACUCAGUUGUCUCAAGACUCCUCUACUAUUUGGCUCCUCUUAAAGAGUUUUUAGUCUAUUUUGAAUUUUUCCUCCGUGUCCAAAAUUUUCAGAUAAUUUCACUCAGCAGGAUAGUUUCACGGAAAGUACCACCUUCAAAUGUUCAGAUUUGUUGUGGGUGUGAAUGAGGCAGAAACAUACAGAAUAUGUAAAGGGUUGUUUUGGUUUUUUUAAUUCUAUAUUCAAGCUCCGGGAGGAAAAGAAAAAUGGAGCUAUCUUCCUUUAUCUAAAUUUAGUUUACGACUUAGGUAGGAAAAAAAUGUUUACUUUAAAAGGAAGAAAAAUGACAAAGUUGUGAUCUAGUGAAUUUGAGGUGAUGGCAAAAGCCUUGAGCAGCCCUGGGCACGGUGUCUGUUCAAGGCCUACAUACCCUUUAUAUGAGCGCUUCAGUGAGAUUCUUCAGAGGCCUGCCUAGUCCAGGCUCUUUGUCCUUUCUUUGUCUAAUACACUGUAAUCUGCUGCAUUUGAAUUUCAUGUGCAAAUUUAGCCAAAGUUAAGAAACUAGUAAUGGCCAGCCAGCAGAUCUAGUCUAUAUAUCUUUUUGAUUUUAAAAUAUGCUCUGAAAUAUGCACACUGUUUAAGCGGGGCUGGGGUGGGGGUGGGGGUGGGUGGAGGGCUUAUUCCAACAGAGAUGUUUUUAUAGUAUUUUAUACAUUGUCCUCGUAUUUGUAACUUUCCCUCAUCCUUUACCCUCUUCAUCACACUUCUCCUCUCUAGCCAUCCAUGGUCCCUUUUCCUCCACACUUCACCCCUCCAAGAGGUUUUCAAGAAGGACUUGUGUUAUUGUAAAUCGAGCUCUAUUGAAUUUCAAUAAAAGUUUAUUUAAAUUAAAAA